AUGAGUUUUAUGCAGCAUUUUGUAUCUCAUUAAGUUCCAGAAUGGUCAAAUGCUUAUUUGAAUUACCAAUUCUUAAAGGAAGUAUUAGACCCAUUUAAAAGAGUAACUAAUUCUCUGCCAAUCCUCAAUUUAACAAUUAAACUUAUUAAAGAUUAAAAUUUAGAUGCUAAUAUUCCAUAAGAAAUAUAAACUAAGUUAUAAAUCUUAGACGAAGAAUUUAUACAAUUGUUUUAAGACGAAACGAAUAAAUGCAAUUAAUUUUAUAUGAUUCAAGUUAAAAUAUUGUAGUAUCAAUAUGAAACAUUGAUAGACUCUGAGGAUGACAUAGGAAGAAUAAAAAACUUGGAAAUUCUCUAUAAAAAAGGGCAACUGCUAAAGUCAUUCAAAAAUUCUAAUAUUGAAGCUUCCAAUCGAAUUUUAUCACUUUAUCAUCAAUAUACAAGCUUUAUUGAUAAUUCAGAAAGUCACAUGAAUCAUUUCUUUAAGAGUUUAUAAUUUGUUAAUGAUACGUCAUUGAAUAAGAUAAUAAAGAAUAUCAAAGCAUUAUAUUUAAUAAAUGGAUGGGAUGGUAAUGAAUUAGCAAAGCUGAAACAAUCACAUGCGAUACAACAUAAACUCUAAUAUAUUGGAUUUCUUGGAGGGAUAAUACUUUUUCUUAUGUUAUCCUUUAUUUAUNUUUUUAAGUGAUGAGAGAUAUAACUGACUCGAAAAUCUUACAUGAGCAUUUUAAAGAUAUACUCCCUAAUAAGGUAUUAAACAAAACUAUAAUAGAUUAUCAAUUCAAUAUAAGAAAUUGGAGAUAUGCCUAAAGAUAAGUUGUUUGAAAUUAUGAAGAAAACCAAACUUCAUGCUUAUUAAAUAAAACGUGCUUAUUCAAUAUAUUAGUAUGCGUUUGUGAACAAGUAAUCUAUUCAACUAUGAAAUCUUAAGAAAGUCUUCUAAAUUGAUGACAGAGUUUGCUAGGUAUUUGCUGAGAGAACAUUAAAAGCCUUACAUCAGAAAGAAGAAUAUUUUAGUUCGAUUUGAGGAUGGCAGUUCAUUGGAUCCAAAAUAAAUGCACUUGCUUGAAUUGAAGGAAAAAGAAGAUAGGAAUAUUAAUGCUGAAGAAAGUCUAGAAGAGGAGCUCUGUUUGUUUGAACUUAUUGCUACAAAGUUAAGAAAGGACAAAGUUAUUUGAA